AUGUGGAUCUCUCGGGCCAUGUUCUGCUUCUCUUUGAUUCUCUGUGGACUGCUUGGAGAAUGCUUUGGAAUUGCACUUGUGCCCAAGGACAAGCGUGGUUGGACCCUGAACAGUGCUGGCUACCUACUGGGACCCCCACUUCUUCCCUUCCACUCUCCUGUUCCCAAAGCAGAUGCCCACCAGACUAUGUCUGACAAAGGAGGCCUGGCUGGUAAGCGAGAUACUGUGGAGGAACUGUAUCCUCGAGGAGAAGAGUCCUUUGGGCAUAGUGUGCAACCCAGAGAUAACAGCAACCUCCAAAGCCUGAUGGAUUUUCUCUCCUACCUGAACCUUCAAGACCAACGAGCUGUUUCACGCCUGCCCCUGCCGCUGUUGGAUGAGCCAAUUCAACAGUAGUAGACUCUGACCUGUGCUCCUUCCACUGCUUACUAAUUCCACAAUUCCCAUUUCUCUUCCACACUCUCUCUCUCUUUUCCAACCACUUUACCCUUGCUCAGUCUUGUUUUUUCCAGAGUUAGAUAAUUGACACUGCUUAUCUGCCCUCCCUUUUAUUAACUCUUAUAGCUCUUUAAAUGACAUGUGCAUUGCCUUCUGCAUGCUUGGGUUUGGAGUAAGCU